UAAAGUUAAAAUUUUCAUUGCCUCACGUUCUGUAAGACCAAAAUGAAAGUUUAUCCUCUAAAAGAUCUACUUUUCUCCCGUAACUUAACUCCACUUCCAAUGGGUUGUUGUUGCGACGAAGACGACGGUGACAUUUUCAGGCACCUCAUGAAUUCCAAUUUCCCCUCUUCUUCCUCCUCCACCUCUUCUUCCUGCACUGUAAUCUCACCGAUGAAUUCUCAUUUCUCUGCGCUAUCCUCCACCGACAUCCUCCGCCUCAUCUUCGAGAACCUUCCAAUCAUCGAUCUCGCACGUGCGAGCUGCGUGUGCCGUCUCUGGUGCUCCGUGGCCUCCCAGAGGGACAUGGUAACUAGAGCCUUCGUGGCACCUUGGAAACUGAACGACGUCGUCGGCAACCCACUCUCUGGAAGCUUCUGGAGAGACAACUCCCUCGCCAAAUUCGCCAUCUCCCAUCGCAUUACGCGCGGCGACACCGUCGCCAGCCUCGCCGUCAAGUACUCCGUUCAGGUAAUGGACAUAAAGCGCCUGAACAACAUGAUGAGCGACCAUGGCAUAUACUCAAGGGAAAGGUUAUUGAUCCCUAUUAGUAAUCCUGAUAUUCUUAUUAACAGAAGAUGCUUUAUUGAGCUUGAUGUCUAUGCAAAACGAGAAGUAGCAGUCUUGUAUCCCAAUGAUGUACCAGACAGGAGGACUACCUAUGUUUCAAACAGAAUUUCCUCAGAAGAAAGCAACAAAAAAGUGCUUGAAUCCUUGAAGAGAAGCAUGCAUGUUGAUAAUGAAACUGCUCAAUACUACUGGUCUGUUGCAAAUGGUGAUCCGAGAGCUGCUUUUGCCGAAUUUUCUGCAGACCUUAAGUGGGACUGGCAAGCAGGGCAUUCCUAGCCUUUCUGAAAGUUCUACCUUGUUUGGAAUGUUUGAGAGGUUGGUGGCAAGUGGAUAACAGAUGAUUAAGAGGUUGGUUGGCAGGCUAAUGGAUAAUAAAUAAUUAAGAGGCUGUGUUGCAGGCGAGUGUAUGCUUCAAUAGGUUUCCUCUUAAAAAAUCUGUUCAGUCUCCUCUGAUUGAAUACUGCUUGAGUUGUUAAUAGACUAUCAUAUUUGCUCUUCUCCAUCGGAGAUAUAUGAAACCAAAGUCAUACAAUAGUGGUGUGUGAAAGAUUUCAGCCGCUCAUGUGCAGUGUGUUCGGAAUCUGUGUAACCUGUAAUUUGUUAUAAAUUUAUUUAUAAAAGUUGAUGCAUUAUUUCAA